UUCCUCCUGGCACAUCUCCACCUGGAAUCACUUGCUGAUACUAUAAAUCCAUGGACUCUUUGGGUGACAUUGGAAAAACUACCAAAGGAUAUAUGGGACACAUAUGACAAAACACUCAAGAGGGUGGACCACUAUGGUGACUGUCAGAAAGAACUUGCAUAUCACAUAUUUGGCUGGAUAGCUUUUGCUGUGGAACCUUUGAAUGUGACAGAACUGCAGCAUGCAUUGGCCAUUCAACCAAACACUGAGAAGCUUGAUCCCAUUAAUGUUACUGGUGAGGACAUUCUUACCAGUGUUUGUGCCAGACUUGUCAUAAUAGACAGCAAAGGGUCUUUUCUGAAUACUUUAUUAGACUAUACUAUCCAAGAAUAUUUCACUCAUUGGCAAUGCAAACUUUUCCCCAACAUCCACGAAGAAAUCACAUGCACCUGUCUUACAUAUAUGUCAUUUGACAUUUUUAAUUCUCUUGAGGGCUUUAAUGGCUGGAACUUUGAGAAGAAGUAUCCUUUCCUCAAAUAUUCAUCAAGGAACUGGACCUACCAUGCCAGGGCUUGUGGACCAGGCACUGUGGAACAGGAAAUCCUUACUUUCCUGCUGACUCAGGCAGAAGCCUUUGCACAGCAGUAUCUUGAUGAUGUGCUGUAUGACAGCAUUGACAGAGAAGAAAUGCCACACACUGCUGCAUGGUUUUCUGCCUAUUAUGGCCUGGUACAUGUCAUGGCAAUCCUGAUGGAUCAACCUGGGGUUAAUCUGCAGAAUGAAACUGUGCUGUAUAUUGCAGUGUACACAGGCUACCCCAACAUGGUUGACAUGUUGCUGUCACCUCCCUGUAACAUGGAUGUGAAUCAGGUUGCCCCUGAAUCUGCAGGUCCCUUCUAUGGCUGGACACCUCUCAUUGCUGCAGUGUUCAAGGGUCAUGAAGAAAUCAUCAAAAAACUCCUGGAGUCUGGAGGCAUGAAAGCAUUGAACAAGCUGUCCAACUCUCCAUAUUGGAGCAGAGCAGUGACAGCACUAUCAGUAGCUGUGCAGCAUAACAACACUGGAGUGGUUAAGCUCUUGCUAUCACAGCCUAACAUUGACACCUCCAUCAGGUUCAACAACACCCCCCUUAUUGAUGCUAUGUUGUUCAAUCAUGAUGAAAUUGUGAGGGUGCUCUUGGAGUGGGGAAAGGAUGAUCCUAAUGCUUUAGUGACCUGGGAUGAUGGAAGGAAUGCUUUACAUGUCACUGUUGGAUGUGACUAUACUGGCAAUAUCCUCUGGAUACUCUUGAACUCAGACCAGAUGGAUGUGAAUAAGACAGAUCUCAAAGGACAGACUGCCCUUCAUAUUGCCACCUACUUGAAUAAUCUGGAGUUUGUUGAGGUGUUACUAAAGCACAAGGAUAUUGAUAUCAUGAUAAAGGAUAAUGACAGCAAAAGUAUAUAUGAUAUAGCAGUUGAAAUGGGAUACAACAAGAUAGCAGCACUGCUUGCAGAGCAUAGAGGGAAGGCCCUAGGACUGCAUGAGUGA